UCUUUAACCAGAGGUCACGGCCUUGUUACUCCCAAAGGCAUUUCUGGUGCACCUUUUAAGAUUUUCCCUUCAACAAGAAAGUCUUGCUUCACCGUCAAGGCUGUCCAAGCUGAUAAACCAACUUUCCAAGUGAUUCAGCCCCUUAAUGGUGACCCUUUCAUUGGAAGUCUUGAAACUCCAGUCACCUCAAGUCCAUUGAUUGCAUGGUACCUCUCCAACUUGCCUGCCUACCGGACCGCGGUGAACCCACUUCUCCGGGGAGUAGAAGUGGGCCUGGCCCAUGGAUUCUUACUAGUUGGCCCAUUCGUAAAGGCUGGCCCAUUAAGAAACACAGAGUAUGCAGGGGGAGCUGGUUCUUUGGCAGCAGCAGGACUUGUUGUGAUCCUUAGUAUGUGUUUGACAAUUUAUGGAAUUUCAUCAUUCAAAGAAGGAGAUCCAUCAACAGCACCAGCAUUGACAUUGACUGGCAGGAAAAAAGUGCCAGAUCAAUUGCAAACUGCAGAUGGAUGG